GAGACCGCAGGGGGUAGGGGCUGAGGGACGGGGGAGGGGCUGAGGGAAGAAAUAUCCUCAAGGGGGUCGGCAUUAAGCACAAAGUAAAAUAUUACGUUCACAACUUCACUUGAGCUCAAACAUCCCCAUUUCUCAGUGUGACGUGGGUUCAUGCGGUGUGAUACAACGACGACACUCCGCGGGGCAUCAUGGGGUGGACGUGGUGCCUGAAACACAAGCCAACUUUGAAUGUAUUUCUCUUCGUCCUGCUGCCUCUGACGACUGUCUGCAUCUAUGUCCUGCUGUCCAGUGAGACCUUGCUAUAUUCCCAGAGUCAGCAGAAGGAGAUCUUUGAUCCUGAAAGGACCGCCAUCGUCAACGCCAUCGUCAACGUCAUCGCAGUUGACUUGAGUACCACCAACGCCAACAACAACAUCCACACCAUCCCUGCUGCAUCAAUACCCACGAGGUCCCAACUCGUCUCGACCUGUAAGGACCCCUUUCUCAGCGAAUUUAAAAGAGGUAAAAUCUACCUGUGCAACAGAGUGUUCGGCGGGCUGGGGAACCAGAUGUUCUCCUACGCAUCUGCCUAUGCCAUUGCAAAACGCAACAACAGAAUAGUUGUCACAGAAAAAUCGCGUUCCUUAAAUAGAGUAUUCAGCCUGAAAGCUGAAUUGGUCGACAAUUUCUGCGUAUGUGAUGGGGCUAGGAACGCUGGGCCGAGAUGGAGCUGCCGGUUUGAUGAAAGUUUCUUCAACAAAUCUUUAACCCAAGGGGUCAACUUCGGUGUAAACACAUAUUUACAGUCUUGGAUGUACUUCCGGCACGUGGAGGCCGACAUCCGGCGGCAGUUCACCUUCAGUGACUCCUAUAGGAAGGCCGCAAGGGAGAUAAUCCAGAAGACACUAUCCGCAGGAGGGUGGGAGUCAGCGACUGUUAUAGCUGUUCACAUCCGAAGAGGGGACAUCACAAAAGUUCCUCGAUUCAUCAAUCAUGGAUACAGAGUCCCAACGGAAAACUACUUCUAUAAGGCGUUUGACUACUUCCGUAAGAAAGUAUCGAAUCCCGUGUUUUUUCUUUUCUCGGACAAUUUCCCAUGGACGAAGAGUCACUUGAACGGAAGUGACGUCAUCUACAUGGAAGGUCACAAUGCUACGACAGAUAUGGCGUUGAUGACACAGUGUACUCACACCAUCAUGUCAGUCGGGACGUUUGGUUGGUGGGCCGCAUACUUGGCAGGAGGAACCACCAUAUAUUACCGACAUCCGGCCCGAAACGGAAGUUCUCUCAGAACCGCUUUCUCGAAAGACUACUCUGAUUUUUUCAUGCCUCAGUGGAUUGGGAUGGAAUAGUUAGAUGAAAUUGAGGAUUUCUGAAGGCAUGUCCAUAGUUGUUUUUGAUUGAUAUGUAUGUUAUGGCAGACAUUUGGAAAGUGAAUUCGGAAUAAAGAAAUCAGUGCGAAA